CCCGCUGCUGCUGCAGCCGCGGAUCUCUGCUGCUCUCCAGGCGACGCACAGUUCAUCUCUAACGAGCCCAGUAACGCGGUUUGGAGCGUUUCCGGUGUGUCUCGCUCGCUGCCCGCGACCAGACUGAAAGAUGAACGCGCCUCCCGCCUUCGAGUCGUUCCUGCUGUUUGAAGGAGAGAAAAAGAUCAGUAUCACCAAAGACACGAAGGUUCCCAACGCCUGUUUGUUCACGCUGAACAAGGAAGACCACACACUGGGCAACAUCAUCCGAGCUCAGCUGUUGAAGGAUCCUCAGGUUCUGUUUGCGGGUUAUAAAGUUCCUCAUCCUCUGGAACACAAGAUCGUCAUCAGAGUGCAGACAACACCUGACUACAGUCCACAGGAAGCGUUUACGAACGCCAUCACUGACCUGAUCAGCGAGCUGUCUCUGCUGGAGGAACGCUUCAGAGUCGCCAUCAAAGACAAACAGGAAGGGAUUGAGUGACACCUGUCCAUGAUGUCACUUCCUGUACACCUGUCGUCAUCCUCGCACUGUUUCUGUUUGUUUGAUUUAUUUUUAUAAAUAAAGUCUGUGAUGUCAGAA